AUGAACUUUGAUCCUUCAAGCGUGAAACCAUGGUCGCUGGACCCUACUGUUUUUAUAUCAGAUAUCCAACCGUUCGUACGACUGUGGGAAAGCCCAAUCUUUAGUCUUACAAAAGAUACACCUCCAAAUGCACAAUUCGAAAUAGAGCCGCCAUCCACGUGGGGCUCGAUAGCAUCAUCACUUUCCCGCACUACAGUGGUGCCCGUUGAUCGGCAGGUCUCCUCAAUGUCACUCUGGCCGCCAACAAAAAUACCUUCUGCUGAGCGCACACGUAAUAGCUCUGAGCACGGCUACAGAGAUGGCGAGCAUCAGCCGGAAUCAGUAGCUGAUGCUUCACAAAAGCUGUUUCGGUUCAGAAAAUGGAUGAGGUUCGACGGAGCCAGUGGAUCCCUAGCGGACAGGUUGCCAUAUGCUAUGAAGGAAAAGUUCGAAACCUUCGCAGCACUCGAUAGCUGGCUUUAUACCCCCGACGAACGGCACCCGUUUAGAGGACUGUGGGUUGGCGAUUAUUCGGUUCACGGAUGGGAAUUCAUCCUUUUUCAUCAGCCCAACCCGAAUAGAUUAGAAGGCAUUAAAAUCACAGGUGAUAUUCACGUGCCACGCGGAGAAUACACUUUCAUAGUCGAGGACCUCACAGACAUUUCGCGCAUUGCUCACGAGGUGGAGUGGCCAGGCGCGAAGGCUGUUAAAGGGAAGGGGCAAAUUGCAGCCAGUCAGUUCGUGGACAACAAAUUUGUGGAUAUCGAGGUAAUUUUUAUCGGGCCGGACAACAUCGCGCUGCAUUGGUUGGAUGAAAAUCUUCGCCACAUUAGUAAAAUGAACAGGCUAGACAUCAACGAAUUCAUCUACAGCAAAGCUGCAAUUUCAUUUACUGCUCAGGAUGGUUAG